CGUUGGUUUAACCCGUUGCCUAGGCGCUCGGUCCAAGCUGUAACUAACUAGCAGCUGCAACAAUACAGUGGGUAGGCCUCAGGAGAGACGACACUACGAUGUGGCAUCAAUAUUUACAAGCAGACAGCCACUAUUAACUAUUCCAUGGCGAUUUUGAAUAACAGUCACGAUCGUUAUUUGUUUUAUUUUUAACAGCCGCCUGGAGAACAUGUGGAGAGGCUCGUGCUAAUAACUUACCUGCGACCUAGCCCGUUAGCCAAAGUUAGCGGACUCAGACUCUGCAAGGGUUUAAAAACUUUUUAUGCCGCACUAAAAAACGAGGAAAAUUAUAUAUAAACUACUAUUACACUCGUGACGGCGGAAAAUGACCGAAUAACGUUACGAAAGCGAAACGGAUUAAUGACGGAUGAUGGAUUAUGCAGAAGAUCAUGUGCAGGCAGUUGUAUUCUUAAUAACGUUAUGAUGAUUAGGUCAGAGACUAUCAUGGGCGGAGGCAAAUGCUGGAAACCACUAUCUAAACUUUGCUGCCAUAAACACUCUUGGCUAAUUUGCAAGUGAUGCCCGGACUACAGUUCUGCUGUACACGGCCAUGGAAAAAAGAGAGGAAAAGGAGCAGGACGAGCUCAGUGUCCGCUUACAGAGGGAUGGCGUGUCCCCUGAGGCCUCAGGAGAGGAGCGCGAGCGGCACCUGUGGGUUUUGCUCCAGCACAGUGAGAGCAGCCUGAGCACAGCCACUGAGGACCUGCAGACUUUACGCACACAGCAGGCCAGCGAGAUGAGAGAGGUGGAAAAUUAUGUGGAGCAUAUUCGAAACAUGCUGGAGGAGCGAGAGUCUCUUACAGCUGAGUAUGAACGCGACAAUGAAAAACUCCGUUCUGAGCUUGCGCUAAUGAAACACCAACAGGACUCUCAGUGUAAAGAGGUGGUGGAGAUGCUGGAACAGGAGGGUCUAGCAGAGAUCAGCCAGAGCAGUGCCAGUGAGCAGGUGGCGUAUCUGCUGGUGGAGAGAGCUACUCUACUGGAGAGACUGGAGGCUGCUGAAAGAAAGCUGGACACUCAGACCCUUACUGGAAACCUCAGAGAAGUCCAUCUACAGGAGGAGCUGGAUCAUAUUCGUCACACACUAGAAGAGGAACUCGGACAGCAAAAGGAAAACAUGAAUAAGGAAUCAACUGUUCAAAGUCCAUGGAAGAAGUUCUUUGGUGUGCGCAAGGCUACACUUAGAGUACAGAACCUUCCUGUUCACGGUGAAGAGCUUGGUAGAGAACGAAAGAGGCUGGAGAGAGAUCUGGAAGAGGCAUCGAAUCGUCUUGCUAUGGCACACAAAGAGAUUCGCCACCUGACCGAUGAACUAGAUGUCGCUCGUAAGGUCCAGAACUUUUGUGCACCAGAUCUGCAGAAAACUGGGGAGGAGGUAGAGCAAUUAAAACAGGAAGUGGAUAAGCUGAAACAGUGUGAUAUGGUGGAGCUGCAGAAGGCGAAGGAACGUAAUGAAAGACUGGACGGGGAGAUUCGUGUGUUAAGGGAUAGAGUUCGCUCUUUGGACACAGAGAGGAGAACUCUUCUUAAACUGGUUGAACAAUCAAAUCUGCACUCGACUCAAGGGAUCAGUGUGUCAUUGGAGCACAAUAAAAUACAAUCUAUACAGAGUGUCGGGAAUAAUGUCAAUCGUGAUUCAUCACUGGCUGAAGAGGAUGAGAUACUCCACAAAAGGUGUCGGAGAGAGUCUGAGGAUAAGGACAGUCGACUGCGAGAGCUGGAGAGGAGGUUGCAGAAGCAGCAGCGGGAGCACGAGGACCUGGUGGAGCGCAAUGAAGAGCUGGAGGCACUGCUGGGGGAGGCGCAGAACACAACUAAGGAUGAGCGAGAACACCAUGAGUGUGAGAUAGAGGGCUUACAGAGAAAGAUCAAAAGUAUUGAGGAAGAACUGAGAAAGAGGGACAAUAAGAAAGUUGAAAAAAAGGAUGAAGAUCUGUUUCGAGGGACUGACUCUGAGAUUAGCGAGAGCAUUCAAGAAAGGCUUAAGUUCCUUGAGAGUCGUCUUACUGAAGAAAAGGGUUGGAGGAAACAGCUGGAAGUGGAUCUAUCUGUAGCCAAGGCUGCUCUCAAAAAGGAAAAAGAGGUUAUGCAAAGAGACCAUGAGGAGCUGAAGAGAUUACGUGUAGAGGUUCAGAGGCUGGAGGUGGAAUGUCGUCAAGGGAAGACUCUUAACAAGAACCUCACGCAGGUUAAAGGAGAAAAGGGAAUUUUGGAAGAAAAAGUGGCCCAGUUGGAGCGUGCUCAGUCUCGAAUCCAGGAUGACCUGACCCUUCAGAAAGAGAACAGCCAGGCUGAAGAGGACCUGAGAGACAGCAGGGGACAGGUGGCAGAGCUUAAGUCCAUGGUGGACAAGCUGCGAACAGAACUGACUCGUCUAGAGAAGGAGCACAACACCCUCAGAGAUGAGCUGAUGGAGAAGCGUGGACUUGUGCUGCAGCUGCAGAAGGAGCUCAGUGAGAAAGCCCAUGAGAGGCUUCAGACCGAUGGAGAGAAGGAGAGACUCAGUCUGGAACUCCUGCAUCUGCAGCAGCAGCUCCAGUACACCAGAGAACAGAUACCCAGAUCUGCACAGGAACAUACAGCUAACCACAAGGCCACUGCUCAGAAUGAAGGAAGUUGUCAGCUGGCCUGUGUGAAGUCAGAGGUGAGUAAACUACACUCCACCCUGGAGGAGGAGAGACAGCUGGCCAGUCAACACCAGCUGGCCCUGCAGGCCCAGAUUGCUGAAGCUCAAUCCCGGGUUAAGGCUCAAGACUCACUUCUACAGCAAAAAGGAGAAGAGAACAAACAGCUAAAACAGGACCUGCAGAGAACCCAGCACCUCUUCACCUCGGCUGAGCGAGAGCUACGCUACGAGAGAGAGAAAAAUCUUGACCUUAAGAGACACAUUGCACUCCUAGACCAGGAGAAGGUCAAGCUGUGUGCAGAGCUGAAGCAGGCCCAGGCCAAAGUAGCCCAGCAUGAGGGGAACGCAGCAGGACAGGUGGCAGAGCUGGAGCGACUCCAGCAGAGGGCCAGAGAUCUGGAGCUGGAGAUGGCCAGAAGCUCUCAGAACCGUCAGACAAACAGCAGCCUAAUGGAUGAGCUUAAUUCACAGAGGUCACGUGUGAUCGCUGCUGACAAGAAGGUUGUUGAACUGCAGCAGCAACUGAAAAAUGCUCUGCACCAACUGCGCCUGGAGGAGGCCAGAUCAGGAGAAACCAGCAAACUGGAGAGAGACACCAGAGACAUGUCUGAUAACCUGUCUGCUCUCAGAGCCCAUUUGCAAGAGGAGCAGUUACAGAGGAAAUUACUUGAGCAGAAGGAUGAGGAGCUCCAGCAGCAUGUGCGCUCAUUGCGGGCCAAGGAGGCAAGUUUGGUACGCACCAACUUGGAAAUAUCUCACCGUGUACAGGAGUUGGAGACUCGACUGCAGGUCAUGGAGAGUGAACUUAACACAGCUAGAGAAGAGCAGAGAAGCGGCCAGAAGAGCUGCCACAGGCUGGAAGAACAGCUGCUGUCUGCCCAGCACGAGUCUGAGAGACUGCAGGAAGAGCUGAAGCUGGUCGUCCAGCAGCUUGACACAAAUGUCAGGAGAUACAAUGAAAAACAGUCACAGCAGAAAACCAAGUUGCGCAGAGCUAAACAGAUCUUCAUGAAGACAGUCAGCCAACAUGAGCAAAGGAUCCAGCAGCUGGAAAAUGAUCUGGCUCUUGCAACAAGUCUCUCAGAGAAAGAGAAGGACUGGAUUAGGACUGUAACAGAAGAAAACGAGCAACUCCUUCUGGAGAGACGAGAACUUCUUCAGCGAAUAAGUGAGGCAGAGGAGAUGGGGAACAAUGGACUGAGAACCGCUACUACAACCCAGCAGAGAGUUAAAUUCCUGGAAAUGGAGAACAAACAGCUGCAGGAGAAAACUCUAACACUGGCCAAUCAGAUAGGAAUUUUAGAUCGUGCAUUGAGAAACCUUCAGUCGGUGUGUACUGUUGAGGAGGUCAAGAAAAUGUUUCCAUCUGGAGCUCAUCAAGAUGGUUUGUUGCGAACAUCAACUCCAAGUCCACAGCCUGGUCUCUGUGACUCAUGGGGAAUAUUGGAUGCCAUCCGCAGAGUCAAAGUGGGUGAAUCUGGAGUGAAGAGCAUGGAGAUCUCCUCAUCUGUGCCUGUUUCACAGUCCACUGAGAUAGGCUACCUGAACCUGACCUCCCCUCUGACUCCCAACAGCAGGUUAGAGCAGGAGGAGAGUCUCAGUGCCACAAGCGAUGAGGCCUGAUGACUGUCAAAUGCCACCACAGAGUUUGCCAAUUCUGAAAAGUCACUGGAUCAAUCAAAAACUUUAAUAUUAAGUGAACUGUAAGUGGGUUAAACACAGACGGCUUGCUCAAGGAGUGGGUUUUAUGGCACUGUGACUCUGUUUCAUUUUUAGGUCUUUAUUUUCUUAUACUUAAAAAUAUUUUUAAUAGUGUGUGACGAGUGGCAUUAUUGCUGCAUAUUUAACAUGGGAUGACUUUAGUUCCAUUGACUCACAUAGGGAUUUUAUAUUAUCCGCAAGCACUACAGUUCAUUUGAUGCUAAGCUCAGUAGCCUUGUCCCAUCUAUAAGAAUGCCAUAUGUGUUUUUACACAUUCACCUUAUUAUGGUACGACUAUAGAAAAGCACUUAAAGCACUAUUAAUCUGAUGUUCAGAUGGUAUCCUCUGCAGGUGUUUACAAUUGAAAUGCACUAUUGCCUUUGGUGAAGUAGUAAGUAUUUAAAGGGAUAGUUCAAAUUCUUGCGUUUACACUCCUUUAACUUGUUCAAGGCCUGUUUGAGCUUCUCUUGUUGAAAACAAAUAUUACUGAGCAAUUGACUUUCAUAAUAUUGUUUUUGGUUCAAACAAUGGAUGGCAAUGGCUGCUGGUUUCCAAAAUUCUUCAAAAUUUAUUUUGUUUUCAGUGGAAGGGAAAUAAACGUUUAGAACCGCUUAAGUGUGCAUAAGCAAGAAGGGAAAUUAAAUAUUGGGCUGAACUAUCCCUUUAAGUGUAAAUGCCGACCAGUACAUGUAAAAACAUGUUUUUUGUAUGCUGAUUUUAGGUCCAAAUCUGGGAAAAUAUCACUUUAGGCUGAAAUAACUGCGUUCUUUGUAGCCAAACCUGGGAAAAUAUCACUUAUGCCUCAUUCAGACUAGCAACGACUUUGUAGCUGCCUGUCGCUCUGGGUGGUGACCUGCUGCAAAUGCAGGUCUGUGUGAAGGUAUAUAUAGCACAAAUACAACCGGCCUUUAAACGAGCUGAGAGGAUCAUGUGAGCUCUACUGGUGCACUUCAAAGUUGCACUUCAUUUGCAUAAAGUUGAAAAAUUCUCAACUUUGCCGCGUUGCUCAACACGCCCACCUGGCCGCCAACCAUAGAUAUAUACACUAGAUAUCGCAUUCGGACUCUGAGCAUGCGUCAUUAGCGCCGCCACAUUUGUACAGUGCUCCCAAGACAAACUUCAUUCAACCGCACCUAGUCAAGACUGAAGCCAUUGUGAAGAUGCUCGACUUUAGCGCGGUGUAUGGUCACAAAUCACAAAGGCAGAACAUUUCAUACGUAAGAUUUCGUUUUUUUACGUUUUUGUAAACACUUGAAACUUGUAUGAUUGUUGGCUAAUUGAACGAGUCAUUCAUAAUAGGAGAUUCAUUCACAAACUAAUUGCUCCCUCCAUUAUAAUUAGAAGUGAAAGCAGGAAAGGGUGUGUGUUUCAGGACAUGGAUUAGAUCAAAUUUAACAGGGAGGGAGGAUAAUACAUUUCCAUGCCCACAAACACAUGCUCUUUGUCAGCAAUGCCCUUACGGUCACUUUUCCAAUGUAGAAAAGUGAUGUAAAAUUAUAUUUUUCGUAAUUUAAAAAAUAUAUUUGCAUACUGACUACCAAGAACACUACCGAUCAUAGAUGAAUAUAUAAAUGGGUUUAUACCUAUGGCUCCGGAUGGCCAGUCCUCCACUGCAUGGCCCCACAUUCAUUUUAAAGAUGUGUUACCCUGUACUAAAAUGGCGGCUCUAUUGAUGCAUUCUUUUUAAUAGACAUCAAUAUCGCAGGCGACAUAUAAUGUAAAUAUCUAUGGUUGCCAACGGUCACUGUUGGUCGUGUAGACGGAGGUCACCGAAUGUCGCUUGCUCUCCGUUGAAAUGAACGGCCGCUGCGAGUUGCUUUUAGUAUGAAUGAGGCAUUAGGGCUGAGAUAACUGCGCUCUUUGAAGCUAAAAAUAUUUGCACUACUGUUCAAAAGAUUUGGGAAGAAAUUAAUUCUUUUAUUCAGCAAGGAUGCAUUAAAUCGAUCAAAAUAAGGAAUUUUUACAUUUUAUUUCGGAUAAAUAUACUUAAAUAAUAAAGCAUAUAUUCCUAUUUUGAACUGUGUUCAUUAUAAAAAGUACAAGUUAAAAGUUUUAAACUUUGAUAAUGAUUUUUGAAGAACUGUUUGACACUGAAAACUGGAGUAAUGAGUAAGAAAUCACUGGAAUAAUAUUCUUUAUAUAUUGAAAUGGAAAAGUUAGUUUAAAUUGUAACAACAUUCCUCUAAAUUGACUUUUUUUUUUUUACAGUAUUUAUGAUUACAUUAAUGGUGAUUUGUAAGAGAUUAUUAUUUUUUAUUUUAUUUUUAUUUUAAAAAUAUCUUUUGGAAUUUUGGAACAGUAGUUUGGUCUUUUUAGGAGGGCGGAAAUCACAGCCAUGAAAUGUACAAUCAAAAUAUUUAUUUAGACCUGCUUAUGUGUAGUAUUUGCUUUACAUAUUAGGUACGCAAUGUGGUUGUGAUUAAUAAUUUACCAUGAACAAAGGUUGCGUAUUAUGUUGUCCUAAAAAAGGGAUAUAUUAGAGAUACUUUAGCAUUAUCAGCCUUAUGGUAUUGUUGUUUACGUAUGAAAUGGGAGUUUUUAGAGUUUUUUUAUAUGUUAUUAUGUAGUCCUGAGAGACUGAAAUGACCUGUGAUCUGCGAGCAAAGUCACCUGAAAGAGGAAACACUUUGUAGAACUUUAAACUGUGGCAAAAGGAUGAAGAUCCUGCAGUCGUGCCUGUGCAUUAUGAGAGUAUCGUACAUUGUGUCCUGCUGCUAUACAAUAUUAGGAUGCAACCUUUACGAAAUAUUCAUAUAGGGCUCAUUGUAUAAACUGCGGACGACAUCAGUGUACAUGGCACACACUGACCUAGCAUGUAUUUUCUUAAUAAACUUAUUUUCACGAU